GACUGGCAGACUGAGCACGAGGCCGCCAGCGUACCGGGCACAGUGGGCAGACGGCGGCGGAGGUCGGACUAACGCCCGUCUGUCAGCGCAAACCAGAGCCGCUGAAGCGGGCGUCGCCCGGCGGGCCCGGCCGGUCCCGGCCAGCAUGCCAUGAAGAAGCAGAACAUCCGCACGCUCUCGCUGAUCGUCUGCACGCUCACCUACCUGCUGGUGGGUGCGGCCGUGUUCGACUCGCUCGAGUCGGAGCACGAGGUGCGCACGCUCCAUCUGCUGACCAACAUGAGCUACAUGAUCAGGAGUAAGUACAACAUCUCCGACGACGACUACCAGAUCGUGGAAACGGUGGUCACCAAGUCGGCGCCGUUCGGGGCCGGCAACCAGUGGAAGUUCUCCGGAGCCUUCUACUACGCCAUCACGGUGCUUACCACCAUAGGAUACGGGCACUCGACGCCGCGAACCGUGGGCGGUAAAGUCUUCACCAUGUGCUACGCGCUGGCCGGCAUCCCGCUGGGCCUGGUGAUGUUCCAGAGCAUCGGCGACCGCGUCAACCGCGCCAGCUCCAUCGUGAUCCGCUGCGUGAAGCGGCUGCUGAAGUGUAGCUCGCAGGAGGCGUCCGAGCUGAACCUCAUCUGCGCCGUGUUCACGCUCAGUGUGCUUGUGAUCACGGGCGGCGCGGCCGCCUUCAGCCGCGAGGAGGGCUGGACCUACUUCGAUUCGGUGUACUACUGCUUCAUCACGCUCACCACCAUCGGCUUCGGCGACAUGGUGGCGCUGCAGCAGGACAACGCGCUCAACCGGCGCCCUGACUACGUGGUGUUCGCGCUCGUGUUCAUCCUGUUCGGACUGGCGGUGGUGGCGGCCAGUCUGAACCUGCUCGUGCUGCGCUUCGUCACCAUGAACACGGAGGACGAGAAGCGUGACGAGGCCGAAGCGCUGCAGGCGGCACAGGAGACGGUGCAGCUCGAGGGUGACGUCAUCACAGCCCGCGGCGCCAGUCUGGUGACGCGCGAGCACCGCGCCUCGCUCGGUGACGUCACCAGCGUGUGCAGCUGCCGCUGCGCGUCCUGCUGGCCACCGCUGCCCUUGCCGGGCAACAGGCGAGGCACCAGCAGCCGCUCGUCGCGGCACUCGCGCCGCCUGCUGUCCAGGACCGACACCCUGGAGACGCCCAGUCCGACGGUGGAGGAACUGCUGACCGCUUGCCGGCCCCGCCUCAGUGGCGCCGCCAAGCGGGGCUCCGUGUAACCAGCCAGCGUCGGGCCGAGGUCGGCCGCGCCCCGGGCCCGGGUCGGGACCGCUGCCGGUCAGACACGGGAGUCGGGAGCGGCGGCGGGGCCGUCGGUCAGCCGCGCAGGCCAGGGCUCAAAUCCGGGUGGCGAGGCGGUCCGGCCGGGCGGAGCGCGGAUGUGGGGACGUGGCGGCACGCCCCCCCC